AUGGAAAGGAGUACUGAUUUAGAGGGCAGUCCCGCACUUGCAUCUGAAUUAGAUAUCGCGGGCAAUGAAAGUGAAAAUCACAAAGUAUUAUUUCACGUGAAUUUACCGGGAUACAUAGCAGGUGUAAGUGAAUCAGGUGGAUUUCGGCUAAAAAAACGUCAAGGAAACUAUUUACACAGUAUUCAAACUAACUGGGUCUCUGAGCUGAUUUCAAUAUCAGUGGAAGAGAGGAAGAAGGUGACAUGGGAAUCCUGA